GUGAAAUAUUAAAAUUUGAGAAAAAUCAACAAAAUUACUACAUCUGCAAAAUAAAUAAACAAAACCGUACAGAAGAUCAUAAGAAAGGGAAAAACAACGUGAAUAUUAAUAUCGACCUUUUUCCCCGUCCACCGAGGUGUGUUCCCUGUUCAUUAAAAAAGAUCCUUAAAAAUUUGAAGCAAACUCCGGCUCGUUUGAAGUUGUCGUUCUGUAGAACAGCCCGAAAAGUAACUGAAGUGUAAAAAAUUACCUUCUUUCCCCCGAAAGCAUCUUCUACGCGGCGAUACAACAACAACCAAACAAAUCCUAACCGUAAGCACGCUGUGAUGAAAAUGCCAAUUUUCCAUCAGUCAGGGAAAACGAGCUCCAACUGAGUGGAAGAAAACGUGAAACGUGCUCUAGUGUUUGUGGUUUUGGUGUGGUCCCGGCUUUGUGUAUUUGUGCUCGUGUGUGUGUGUGUGUAUGUUUAUGCUUAAUGUUUGUGGUUGGUGUGUAUAUGAUUUGCAUAUAAAUUGAUCAGUGUGCGGUGUUAUACUCGCUGCUCGUUCAAACCCAUCCACCCAAGGCAUGCCUUGUGUUCUGCCGGAGUGCUUGCGAAAAGGUGAUUUCGGUGUAACGCAAAGUCCCGGUUAUCCUCACGUGUGCUAAAGGUGUGUUUAUGCGUGUGUGUGUUUUCAAAAGCCAGUGUCCCCUGUAAAAAUCCCACGUGCGCGCGGUCUAGUGUUGUGGCAAGUGUCGGUUGUCUGUCGCAGUCCGCCCCAUCGAAGGACCAGCCAGCGGUGAAUGGUGAAGCACCUUCGCAGGUUGCUGCUGCGUGUGCUAGUGCUCCGCGGACUCCGGCAGGGAGUUCGGACCAUCGUCGCCAAGCUAGCUGGUGCGUCGCGUCGCGGCCAACGCCGUCCGUAGGCAUGGAGGAGGAACUGCGCUGUCCGGUGUGCAAGCAGCUUUACGCCAGCCCGGUACUGCUGCCCUGCUAUCACGCGCUCUGUCUCGCCUGUGCGCUGGACAUUCAGACGGCCUCCUCGUCGUCGUCGUCGACGGCCGGCUCGUCGUCCUCCUCCACCGCUUCGUCCACGUCGUCGGCGGGCCAUCCGCCCUGCCAUCCGGCCAUUGCAGCGGCCCAUCUGCACCAGUCGCACUCGCAGCACUCGUCCGCCGCCAGCACGGGCAGCUCGAGCGCUACCGAGAGCGUCUCGUCCGACCAGGACCAGGCGGACAAGGUGAGCAUCCUGAGCGAGGCGGACUCGGGCGUCAUCUGCUGCACGUCGCGGCCGGGCUCGUACGCCGGCACGCCCAACCUACAGGGGCUGCUGUUUCCGCCGGCCGGUUCGGGCGGGUCAGUGUACUCGCUCGCCUGCCCGGUGUGCCGGAAGCUGGUGUUUUUUGACGAGCUGGGCGCCCGCAAUCUGCCCCUGUACCGGGCGAUGGAGUCGAUAGUGGAUCGGUUCUGCGAGCGGGAGGCACUGCGCUGCCAGAUGUGUGAAACCGAGCCGCCGAAGGUGGCGACCGUCAUCUGCGAGCAGUGCGAAAUCCGGUACUGCGACGCGUGCCGGGAGCUGUGCCAUCCGGCGCGCGGCCCGCUGGCAAAGCACAGCCUGACCAAGCCGAGGGGAGCGUGUCAGCUGCGGGAGUCGAUCUGUGGCGAGCACACGGAACCGCUGACGAUGUACUGCAUGGGGUGCAAGCUGCCCAUCUGCAAUCAGUGCAUCGGGGACAACCGGCAUCAGUCGCACGACCUGCAGUCCAUUACGGCGAUGUGCAAAGCUCAGAAGACUGAACUAUCCCACAACCUACAGCAGCUCUCGGAAAAGGCGCGUUCGACAACGGAAUUCAUCCAAAGACUGAAGGGAAUGAGCGAUAAAGUGACGGAUUCGUGCAUCGAGUUCGAGCGGCUGGUGACGGUACAGUGCGAAGCGCUGAUAGCGGCCAUUAACGCCCGAAGGGACGUCCUGCUCGAUGUAAUACGAAGCGAUAAGGAAGCCAAAAUACGCACGCUAAAGGAUCAACAGGCAAGCUGUACAGGGAAGCUUCAGCAAACUACUGGUCUCAUUCAGUUCUGCAUCGAAGCGCUGAAGGAAACGGAUAGUGCAGCAUUCUUGCAGGUGGGCUCCAUGUUAAUUAACCGCGUCGCCAACACGGACAUGACCUGGCACCAGGAGGUCACGAAUGCGGCCCCACGCGUAUCGCCAAUUAUCGAUCUCACGCUCGACGACUCGUCGGUGAUACGCGCCAUCGAUAAUCUCAACUUCAUUCAGAUGAAGCCCGCCAAGGAGGGCGAGGAACGGCUACCGGCAGUGCCCCUAGCACCCGUCAUCAUCCCGGAGGACUGUUCGGCGGAGAACAACUCGGUAACUGUUGCAUGGCAGGCGCCAAGCCACUCGUUCGUGCAAGGAUACGUGCUGGAGCUGGACGACGGCAAUGGUGGCGAGUUCCGGGAGGUCUACUGCGGCAAGGAAACGAUCUGCACCGUCGACGGGCUGCACUUCAACUCGAUGUACAACGCACGUGUUAAAGCCUUCAACAACACUGGCGAGGGUGAAUACUCCGAGCUUAUUGGAUUACAGACGGCAGAAGUUGCCUGGUUCACAUUCGAUUCGGUCCUGAGCGGGGGCCCCUGUUCCGGGCUGAACUUCUCGAGCGAAAACCAAACCGUCUCGGCGGACGGCUGGGAGCAUCGGGUGGCGCUCGGCUCGGUCGGGUUUUCGCGCGGCGUCCACUACUGGGAGUUUACCAUCGACAAGUACACCGCCGACACGGAUCCGGCCUUUGGCGUGGCGCGGCUAGAUGUGGCCCGCGAUAAGAUGCUCGGCAAAGAUGACAAGGGCUUUGCGAUGUACAUCGAUCGGCAGCGGUCCUGGUUCCAGCACAACAGCGUGCACGAGCGGCGUGUCGAGGGUGGCAUCUCGACGGGCAGUACGGUCGGCGUGCUGCUUGACCUCGAACGGCACACGCUACACUUCAUCGUGAACGAGAUGCCGCAGGGCUCGGUGGCGUUCCGCGAUCUGUACGGCGUGUUCUAUCCGGCCGUCAGCGUCAAUCGUGGCGUAACGCUGACCCUGCACACCGGCCUGGAUGCGCCGCGGAUGGACUACCACUAGGGAGCGGUACGGGGUUUUGCAGUUGGGUUACACGGAUCGAUAAGAUGAACACACAUCACAACACACCCACCCCCUCCAUCGGCUUCUGUCGUACGCCCACGGGGCACGGGUAAGAGAUAGCAGACGAUGAUGGUGGGGAAGAGACGCGAUUCCUUUCUUGCAUAUAGCUUGUGGCGUGUAGAAAUUAGAAUAUUAGAGAAUGUAGUUUAAGAAGCUAUUUUUUUAUAUAAAUAAGUCCGUCACAGACAAAUGAGAAGGUUAGGAUUUAAGAGAAGCAUUUUGGUUCUUGUUUUAUGCGUAUGUAUGUUUCCUUCUGAUUUUAGCACCACUGACCUGAAUCCAUACGUUCCCAUGCGGUGACACAAAUUGUACAACUCGCUCAUAAUCGCUACACAAACAAUCGAAUGUUUGUCGAAAAUGUCGAACCAAAAUGUCCCAAUCGCAGCAGCAGAAAGAGAAGAAAGGUAGAGGUAAAAAGGUUAAGCACUGAACCGCAUGGGCAUGUCUCUCCCACAGGCAUGAACUCCGAACCGGACCGAACGCCAGCUUUAUCGCUCAGUUUUCAUCACUGGACACGAUUUUUUCGCGACCUUAGCUCGCUCCGUACCCUUACCGGGGAAGGCAGGAAAUGCUAAUAGAAAUGUACCGAAUUGGUUGCCACAGCCACAUAUCGGCACGGUGGGAGAUGAGCUCUAGCGCAGGAUUUGCAUUUUGCUCGUUUACCAAAUCCCCCUGCCCUGGCCGUGAGGUUCACAACCCGAAAGGUAAUUUCUCGGGCACGGCUCUAAGCCCAUUCGAGUAAGCCUUCUUUCUCUCUCUCUCUCUCUCUCUCGUAGCGCACCAAAGAAACCCCAAAUCAGCUCAAUCUUUGAACGUACCGGCCGGGCAGUGAAAGCGGCAAAUUUACGUUACCUUUGCGGGCAGGCACGUGCAGUUGCCACGCUGCGCCCAAUUAAUGCACAAACACAAAGGAAGAAAAGAAAACAACAAUAAUACACCGCGGACGGAUCGCGGUCGAUUAACAUUGGGUAUGCUAAUGCAAACCAGUGUUUGCACUCGGGUUUGAUACAAGAUAACGCUAGCACAUAUUCCCAUUUGCAUUCUGUGCCUGGAGGCAACCUAUCCGUUGGAGGAGCUAUCCAGCUGGCGUGGCAUUUUAUUUAUUUUAGCCUCAUACAGUUGGAGGCUUUUUGUUUACAACAAGCUAGGCUUUAAUUAAUCCCUUUUCAGAAUUUUUCGCUUUUUUGUUGGUUUGAAAGAAUCAUUUUUUCCCUGAAUUAGUAAUCCGGGAUGGAAAGGAAAUCAAUAUGUAUCAUGUUUCAAUUUGUGCAUGUUUGGAUUUAUUUGCUUUCCUUUGCUUUUAAAAAUGCAAUUGGAAAAGGAACAUGUCUUUUUUGUUUAAAUGAUUUUCCAAUGCAGCGAUCAAUAACGAUGACACACGAUUAAAACCGGGUCAGCUAGUUCCUUUUUUUUUGGUUAACAACCGACCGACCGAUCAUUAAAGGAUACUCGAUGAAAAAUUCAGCACCCUCGAUGAUGAUAAGCACAACGCACAGCAUAACGAGUUGCAAAUGAAUGUGCGAAUGAGAGGGAAGUGGGAAGUAAGAAGUGGGUUUUCCGGCCGUUUGCGAUUUAUUAAUUGGCAAGUGCUCGAUAGCGAAUGAUGGGAAGGAAGCAUGGAAAGAAAUGCUGCAAAAUAAUGACCGUAAUAAUAAAAAAAACAGUGAGACCCCGUUAAUUGGGGAAGGUAAAGCCGGACGUACGAGAUUUUAAAAUAAAACUCCUGCACACUCCUCCGGGUGCGUAUUAUGGAAAGAGGAAAAAGGGACGUGUGAAAUCGAUUUGAAAUCGAUUAAUAUGCUGCACUGUGCAAGCGGCAGCACAACAACUAUUAUUAUCAAUGAAUGAAUGCCUCGAGGUGCGGUACGAUAAAAAAGGGUAAAAGUUGUAUUUAUAGUGCCAGAAAUCAGAAGCAUAAGCGCAGAACAGCGUUCGAAAUAAUCGUCCCCGGGCAGGAAACAACAGCCGCUAUAGCGGCCAUAGUGGAUAGCGUUCCUAUUUUACCUUCUUUCCAACCUGUCCGUACAAGCGAGUGAGUGUCAAUUUGGUACCGAAAGGUUGAUUGGUACUGAAAGCACGGAAACGCGUCUGUCCAAUUAUGGAACGGUGAUGCUCGGUGGCUGCACAACCGUUUGUACGGGUCAGCAUAACACGUUCGCAUUAAACGAAUUAUGUUCUGGCCUGACCUUUGUGUGUGAUGAUCUCUACCAUUUUCUCUCUCUGUGUUGGAUGUGCACGCGAUAUUGGUGAUCGUUAUUAUUUGUGGUUCAUUAUUGCAGCUUGAUCGAGUUGUGCAUUGUCUUUUGUAUUUGUUUGGUUUGUUUUGGGGUGGAGGUAAAUCGAGGUAAAUCAUAUUUAUCUUUAGUUGUGACGUAUUACGUGACACUUUGAUUGUGUGAGUUUUAACACAACAACAAAAAACUCCAUUAUUUAUGCAUCACCCCCCAGAUGGGGUGAUUUUUCAUUUAUUACACUAAACUCGUUCGCAAACGCAACAAAAAGAAGGAAGGCAGCAGAUUAAAAUCAAACCUGUGCCGUUUUACUGCUGCAUCUGUAAAUAUGAGCAAAAUAUAAACAGCGAAAAAACAACACAUUGUAAAUAUAUACAAACGAACUGUUUUUUUAAAUGUAUUUCGAGCACAUCAUUUGCACGAUUAAUUCAUUUUAAGCAUGAACGAACUGGAAUCGAAACCGAGCGUAGGAUGAAUAUUGAAUCUAAAUGAGUGUUGAUUUAAAACAAAACCCGAAUCGAACAUAAACGCACAAGCGCUGUAUUAGCAAGAAAAGCUGAAAUCGAUAAAAUAGUGAAAAAAGAAUACAAUUUUCAACAAAUACACACACCCACAUUGGCAAUGCGAAAGCGAACGAAUGCAAACGAAAAACACUGCAAAAAUAUAAUCAUAAUCACAAGAGUGUACAGGACGAAAGAAUCGGAUUGUGUGUGUGUGGUAGUUUAAGGAAAUGGCCAUUAAUUUUGUACAAAGUGUAAAGUGAUGUAUUGGUUAAGUUAUUUUAUCGACAAACGCGAACUAGUUAAUGGAAAGACAAACGAACAUCGCAACGAAAUUGCGAUGUGUUUGUUUGAAGCCAGUUUGAAGAAAGGAUGAGAUAAAACAAAAGUAUCCUAAAUGUAUUCCAUUCUAACACGAAGCGAACACAAACACAAGCAAACGAUGACAAAACGAAAACAUUAAACUUCUGAUAAAACGAAGCAAACAGAACGAAUGUGAGAUUGGAAGUUUACAGCAACACAUGCUAAAUUCGAUGCACAUUACAUUACAGAGAGAAAAAUAAAACAUUUCAUUAGAUCAAUAACUUGAACGAAGUAAAACCUUAAUUGAAAAAAAAAAACGUGAGGAUAAAUGUUAUAUCCAAACCACACUCCCCACUGCAACAUGUACAGUUAAGCAACGAACAGUAGAGAAACAGAUGUGCUAGAUUCCUAUACCGAAAUGUAUUUGCUCGCUUUUUGCGUAAAGUUUAUGACAAACCGAUUGCGGCGAGAAACCCCCAAACUAACAAAGAGCUUCUGAUAAAUUAACCAUGUGAAAAAUGCAAAUGCAAAACUGAUAAACAAAAAUGAAAAUAGUUGCGUAGCAGAAACCUACUAAACACACGAAACAUGAAAAUAUCAAACAGGUGAACCAUAAGAUAAGCAGAACGAUAACUAACAUAGUAACAGAACAGAAGUAGAAAACGAAAACAAAAUGGCUCCAUCAUGGUGGAACAUUAAUCAAAGAGAAAGAGA